CUCGACCUGAUAGGAAAGUCAGUGUACAUGUUGCUUGGCAACGAGAAGCUAUCUGAACGACGGUGUUUUCACGCGAAUUCCGCUCAUACAAGGACAAAACUAGCUAAAAGUGCGUCAGUUUUCAUCUAAUGCUAGCUAGCUACUUCUAAAGUCAACUAUUAGUUUGUGAUUGGUGCACACUGAAAAUGCCGUUCAGCGCCGAGGCCAUUAAGCCGCCCCUUCAUGACCAAAUAACAGAACUGCAGAGGAAAAUUCAACUUCUUGAGGGCGACAGAAGUGCAUACUAUGAAAUGUCUCAGUCAAGCAAGAAAAACAGGAAUUCUAUCCUUCAGCUGAGGCAGGAGAACAAGAGACUACACAAGAAGUUGGCAAACGGGGACGAGCAGGUGAUAAAGGAGGCCUUCCAAAGCCGAGGCAUGGAGAAAGCUGCCUUCAGAAACAUGUCAGGGAAGGCUGCUCUCAAGGUGCUGGACCAGAAGGACAAGAUGAAGAAGCUGAACGCUCUAAAGCACACCACCCAGACGUACCGUCGUCGCCUGCAGGACCUACAGACACUGUACCAGAGUAUGAAGCUAGAGAACAGGGGACCAGAGAGAGACACGGAGAGACGCAACGAGGAGGCCAAGAACUUGCGGGUGCUGGAGAAUCGUCUGGAGAAAGCCCAGCURAAGUGCCAGGAGGCUGAACACAUCAUGAGGGGCUAUCUGAAACUAAAGGCCCACCUACAGGAGGAGAGCCUGACCUUCCAGUCCCAGCUGGAUAAACUAGAGGCUGAGAUCCUGAGACAGAGACAGGAGCUGAAGGACCUGAACAGCACACACACACACACACUCCUCUCCAAAGACACUGCCAAGGCAGAGCUGCAGCGUCAAGAAGAACAGAUGUACAGGGAGAGGAAGGACAGAGAGUGUAUCCUCACCCGUUACAAGAAAGAGGCAGAGGACCGUAAGGCCCAGGCUGAGAGAGUGGAGAGAAGGGCCCAGCGGGCAGCCUUGCAGCCUGACGAGCUGAGUAGCGACGCCCAGCGCAGUGCCACCGGGCUGGGGGAGGAGGAGAGGGCCAUCUCCACCUUCGAAGAGGCCUUCAGAYGCAUCAAGGAGGCCACGGGGGUCACUGACACACGGGAGGUGGUGGAGAGGUUCAUCUCCCAGGGAGACACCCAGCAGCACCUGGAGGAUCUGAAGAAGGAAAACCAGAGAACCCUGCUACAGCUGAAGGAGGACCGGGACCGUCUGCAGGAACACUUCCAGGACAUCAAGUACUCCGGGGAGACCAAGCUCUCUAGUGGUCAGCAGAUGCUGGRGGACUGUAAGCGCCACCUGCAGGCGGAGCAGGGGAGGCGCGACGCMKCCAAGGAGCGUCUGGACUGGCUGACCCGUACCCUGAACACAGUCCGGGCCGGGGUGGAACACCUAUCUGACAAACUGCAGCACAUCAAGCUGGGUGAGGGCCCGGAGCCCCAGCUGCCCCCCGGCUCAGAGGAGUACGUGGUGGAGCUGCUGUCCCAGUCAGAGCAGAAGCUGCUGUUACUGCAGGAGGGAGCCAGAGGAAGGACCGGCCAGGGGAAGGACCUGGCCGCCACCAUGAAGGAGAUGGAGGAAGAGGAGUUCCAUGCCAGCAUCGAGGGGAAACUGCCCCAUUGCAACACCCGCAUCAAGCUGCCUGAGGCUGAGAGACAGGACCCAUAUGAUGAAGAGGAGGAGAGCGGGGACGAUGAGGGUUACAUUAUCACCAGGGCGAUACUGAAGCACCAGUCUCAGCUCAUCAUCGACUCCAAGACUAAGAGGAAGACCAGGACCAAGAAGAAAAAGGGCAAGCUCUGAUCCUAGAUGAGUUAGGCUGGCUAGAGGUCACAAGAGCCAUAGAAAUAUAAUUGCUAGAAUGGGCAUGUCAGCUCUGGUAAUUAUAUUUCUAUGACGAGAGCAGCCAUGAGUUUGUGUUUAGUGUGAGGUCAUAGGUGAUAUUUGUGCCCUGAAUUGAGUGAAAAUACCUUUGCUUAGAUGGCAUAGGGGACUUGAGUGAAAUCUUACUCCUCACAUAUAAUUAUUCAGUUAGCUAAAUAAUUAUUUCCUUAUUAACUAAUGGAAUGCACAGUAAAUGUAUAUUGUAUAUUUGGGAUGAUACUGUAGCUAGGGGAACGUGGUGGUGGCAGAUCAUAUAGUACCUUGCAGUCAUCACAUUAGCUACUUUAUGGAUGCAAAACUUGAUUUUAUCACAAAGCAGUUCAACACAAAAUAAUUGAUUUCCCACUAUCACCACUGAUUUGUAUAUUAUAAAAUUGUAAUCAAAAUAGGAAUGAAAAUCAAUAAAAAGCUUGAUUUGAAGAAUUACUCAAUCUUUGGAUAGGUAAGAUCGCUCUAAUGMAGGGGUGUCAAACACACAGCCCGUGGGACAUUUUCUUUUGUAUAAUAUAUAUAUUUUUUAAUCUGCAUUGAAAUGACUUAAAUAUUGAAACUGUAGAAAUCAGGGCUUGACAUGAACGUUUUUAGCCUUUGGACAAGUAGGACAGAUGUUUUACUUGUUUACUGAAGUCACUUGUCCCCCCCAAAAAAGGUCUGUAACACAGGCCAAAAGGGUGACUGAAAAUGAGUGAAGUACACAUAUCCAUGGGAAUUAGGGGUGCUGAGGGUGCAGCAGCACCCCCUAAUAAAUCACAAUUAGUGAUUAAAUUAGUGCACUAGGCCUUUAUUACUCCUGUAUCAUUACUGUAUCAUUACUGCUGUAUGAUUACUCCGGUAUGAUUACUGCUGUAUGAUUACUCCUGCAUGAUUACUCCUGUAUGAUUACUGCUGCAUGAUUACUGCUGUAUGAUUACUCCUGCAUGAUUACUGCUGUAUGAUUACUGCUGUAUGAUUACUCCUGUAUGAUUACGGCUGUAUGAUUACUCCUGUAUGAUUACUGCUGUAUGAUUACUCCUGUAUGAUUACUCCUGUAUGAUUACUGCUGUAUGAUUACUGCCGUAUGAUUACUGCUGUAUGAAUACUGCUGUAUGAUUACUGCUGUAUGAUUACUGCUGUAUGACCCUGUGUGCGGAAGUGUGCAGAUGGAGCAGUGACACAGUCAAGGGUCGCUGGCUGUGGGUCUUGUGAUGGGUUGUCAAUCAUCAUGGACUGCAGAGCAACUCUGCUCUCCUCACAACUGGAUAACUAUACACUGAUUCACAUCUAGGCUACUUACUAUAUGCCAGUAUGUGUUGUAGGUAGGUUUCACAUUGCUAGAAUAACAUGGAAAUAGGUCUAGGCCAGCUACGCAUCAUUUCUUUCACAAGCUUUCCUCAGCUGAAGCCUAAGUUUUCUUUUGACUCCUCAUUAUAUUUGUCCAUCUUUGUAUUGCUCAAUUUGAGUUCUUGUGGCCUAAAAUAUAUGUAAUUCAAAAUAAAUCUAAGAAUGAGAAUAG